CUGCCAAAAGUCCUCUAAGCUUUUAAACAUUGCUUCGAUGGUCUGCAUUUUUACUUUCAGGGAAAAAGGAGUACUGUUCUACAAUCAGCAGGCCAUUACUAUCUUAUUAACUUCCAGUCACCUUAAUUUUUGUUAAAAUGAAGAUUCUUCAGUCUACACUUCUGUUGCUGUUUGUGCCUCUAACAAAGCCAGCACCACCAACUCAGCAGAACUCACGUAUCAUCUUUGAUUACGGAACAGACAAUGUUGAAGAAAUCUUACCUACCCAAGAUUAUAAGGAUCAAUACUUGGAUGGAAAAAAUAUCAAGGAAAGAGAAUCUAUAAUAAUACCUGAUGAGAAAAGUCUUCAUUUACAAAAAGAUGAGAGUUUAACAUCAUUACCCUCCAAGAAAGAAAAUGAUGAAAUGCCCACGUGCCUGUUGUGUGUUUGUUUAAGUGGCUCCGUAUACUGUGAAGAAGUUGACAUUGAUGUUGUACCACCCUUGCCAAAGGAAUCAGCCUAUCUUUAUGCGCGAUUCAACAAAAUUAAAAAGCUGACUGCCAAAGACUUUGCGGAAAUCCCUAAUUUAAGAAGACUUGAUUUUACGGGAAAUUUGAUUGAAGAUAUAGAAGACAGUACUUUUUCAAAACUUUCUCUGUUAGAAGAACUUACACUAGCUGAAAAUCAACUACUGAAACUUCCAGUUCUUCCUCCCAAGCUAAUUUUAUUUAAUGCAAAAUACAACAAAAUCAAGAGUAGAGGAAUCAAAGCAAAUACAUUCAAAAAACUGAGUAACCUGUCUUUCCUCUAUUUGGACCACAACGCACUGGAAUCUGUGCCUCUUAAUUUACCAGAAAGUCUACGUGUAAUUCAUCUUCAGUUUAACAACAUAACUUCAGUUACGGAUGAUACAUUCUGCAAGGCUAAUGACACCCGUUAUAUUCGGAGCCUCGUUGAAGAGAUACGCUUGGAGGGAAAUCCCAUCAUCCUGGGAAAGCAUCCAAACAGUUUUAUCUGCUUAAAAAGAUUACCUGUAGGGUCAUACUUUUAACCAGUACCAAUCAAUGCAGCACAUUAACUAAAAUCCGCAGGUACUUAUAAUCUGUCUCAACAAAGUCUAAAGGAGCAUAAAUGUCUGUUUAAUGGUAGCUUUGUUUCCCAGCAUAAAGAAAUUUUACGUUUUAAGCAAGGAUGUUCAAAAGCUUACAUAUAACAAGUAAAAAGUAAGAAUAAAUCUUUAAGUUCAAAACAAAUUAAUGUGAAAAUAUCUAAACAGCACAACAAAAUCCUUGUAGUUUAUAGUACAAUGCUAUUUUUAAAAGGUUCUGUUUUUAUGUAAAUAUCUCAAUUUGAGAAGCAUUAUUUCUAUUACUAAUGAAGUGAGAAAAGAAGUCCAAGAAACUUGCAACUUCUUGUCUUUUCUGGCCUUUACUGGAUCCCUAAAGCAUUUAAGGUUGAUAUUUCAAAGCCUCUGAAAAGCUAAAUAUUUCCAGUGCUUUCCAAUUUUUCUCUUAUGAUUCAUACACUAUUCAUAAUGAAGUAGAAACUCUUUUCUUUCUGUUAAGGCUGCUAUUACCUUUUUACUUAGCCUGAGAAAUAGGGUCACUUAGGCAAAACUUUUCAAAUAAAGCAUAAUUUACUCUCCAAUAAAGAGCUAAUAUAGUAAUGUUCAACAUUAUUCUGCUUUGUAAUCAGGCAGCUAAAGGCUUUACAAUAGUAUGAACUUCUCUUUUUUCUAAAUAUUAACAUUCUAAACCUAGUAUAAAACAUUUUAAGAAGUCAAGAAGACCAAAAUCAGUAUGCUUAUAUUUUUUAAAAAACCCCGAAAGGCCAUCCCAUUUCUUAGAAAACAGCAAUAAUGUUCUCUAUUGUAAAGGCUUGCAAAUAUGAUAAAUACUGUAAAAUAUUUUCUUUUUACACUACAGGAAUGAGAAUCAUAUUGAUAAAUCUGCCCAAAUGUAAGACACAAAACAAAAUGAGUUCUGUGGUGUUAUACACAACACUGCCACCCACCCAUACACAUCCAUGUUUAUGCAAACAGACUACAUAUUCACAAGAAAACUGGGCAGCAUUUUCUAAAGGCCCAUAAUUAACCAAUACAUUUAAUGGCGAGCAUUCAUCUUCAAUCAUAUAGUGAAGAUUUAUAAUGACACAAUGCUGCCAGAUUAAAGUUCCUAAAAGAACUUUUCACUUGUCCAUACCUCACUCAAAAGCCUUAGUCUCCACAUGAUUUUGGGAUUACAUAAGAAAGUACCAAUCCUUUAGAAACGUGAGUUUGAACUGUGUAUAUAAAAAUUGCCAACAUUGUUUCCAACAUAAAUUACACAUUAGAAUCAAGUUGGUCUCUGCAUAUUAUUCCCAGGACAAAUACUUAUUCCUUUAUUUAAGCAUUUGCUUCCUUGUUUUCCCUACCAAGGAUGGCAUUUUUUUUUUCAAUUUUCCCCCAAUUUGUCAAAGGUUGGCUCCCAAAUAUAACUUCUUCAAUAAACAAUUUGUGAUCUCGUAAGGCCAAAAUAAUUAUCCACACUUGUUAACUCAUUCAUUAAUUUUAUUUCAGUAACUGAUAAUCAUGACUAUUAUACUGCUUUCUCAUUAUUUUGUGUGCAUGCCUCAUUUCUCUAUCACUGAAGGCUAACUGAGUACACUAAACACAUAUACCUUUUAUACUUUCAAAGUGUCUAGAACAAUAGUGACCGCAUUUGAAUUGAAUAUACAAUAAACACAGCAAAAUAAAAUCCAUUUAAACACAA